GUUCACACUUAACCCAACACUGCUCAAUUGAGGCGCCCAACAUGUCUGACGCUAAUGCAACUACCCCGAGGGUUUUCUUGGCCCGCCAUGGAGAGACCGAAUGGACCAUCUCAGGACAAUGCACCGGCAACGCCGAUAUACCUCUUACUGAGAACGGCCUCCGACAAGUCAAAGGCACUGGCGGCAUGCUUGUCGGCCCAGGGAAGCUGAUCGACCCAAGCAGACUCGCACAUGUCUUUUGCAGCCCAAGGCAGAGAGCGGUCGUCACACUGGACUCGCUCCUUGGCGAUGAUGUAAAGCAGAAGCUGCAAGCCGAAGACAAGGUUACCGUUACUGAGGACAUUAGAGAGUGGGACUAUGGUAACUACGAAGGCAAGACGCCUGCCGGGAUCAAUUCUAUUAGGGCAGAGCAAGGUCUAGCCAAGUGGAACAUAUGGGUCGACGGUUGCGAUGGAGGAGAAUCAGCCAGCGAGGUGCAGAAGAGGCUUGACGAGCUCAUUGGGAGAAUCAAGAAGAUACAGGAGCCCUUCAUGAAUGGCGGAGACGCUCCUGAUGUACUUGUUGUCGCUCACGGCCACAUACUUCGAGCUUUCGUCAAGAGAUGGCUCCAGUACGACAUGGCAUUUCCCUUUAACAUGAUGAUGGAGCCAGGUGCUAUCGGAACCCUCAGCUAUGCCCACCAUAACCUCGAUGAGCCGGCUAUUCUGGUCGGAAUGGCCUUUGGGGCCGCAAAAUAAUGGCGGCAGAGACUACAUCGUGUGGGAUUGCACCCAGUGUCACAAGUGUUCCUUUUUCGUGGUUCACUUCGCUUCAUUUUGGAAGGAAUGUGAGUUGAGGUGGGCUAUCGGUGUAUUCUCUUCAUUGGCGACACGGAUGUGGCAGGCCUCACUCGUCGGCCGAAACACGGCCUGCGCAUUCUCAGCCAACAGCACCGAGCGAACCUGCAUUCUCAGCCACCACAAGUGACAUCGUGAAAAGCAGCCGCGAUGAUGGGACAAAUUGUCCUCAGAGGGUUGGAAGACCAAGAUUCCGAAUAUGUAAAGCCAAACAGCACCAGCUGCGAGUGGUUCCCCCGGUGUGAUUUGUAGUGUGUACAUGUAUGAGGGAGCUUGCUGGUCUAGUUUUGUCAAAACCAAACAAGAAGUCCCUCUCAAUCUUUUCACUCAUCCAUUUUCACCCUAAUUAUCUGUAAUUCCUCCAUGCCCCAUUUGCCAUUGACCACGAAGCCGAGGAGAGGCCAUCCGCACACAUUCAUCCGCAAUGGGCUCAGCUUACGAGCAGUGGGGUCAGCGGUAUUCCAGCUCAACCACUGGUAGCUACACAAGUUGGACCAGUAUCAUCAUCUCGGACAUACAUAUUCAGGUUCGU